AUGAGUGAUAUUAAACGAUUAAUCAACAAUUUAACUUCUGAAUAUGAAGUUGUUAAGAUGAGAAAUAUUUUAUAUGGGCUAUUAGAAAAAAUAGAGAAUUUAACAAUUAAAGUAGAUGAAAAACGGACUAGUAAGGAUAUGGAGAAUAUUCAGAUUGAAGAGGAUAUUGGAUUAAAAGAAAAAAUAGAUAAUAAGCCUAAAAAUGAUGAACACUUCCCUAAAGCAGGAUAUAAAAGAAAAAGUAUUGACUCAAAAACUUCAUGUAUCAAUGAGGCUAAGAAAGACAAAAAAGAAAACUCAGAGUUUUCUAAAACAACAACUCAACAAAGUCGUGAUAAAUUAACCCAAUUAAAUGAAAGAAAAACCGUUGAUCCUUUUGCUAAUCCAGUUACUCCACAAAUACCUGUCUCACCAUUAAAACAAAGAAGACUAAGAAAUUUAACAUUUGCUUCUAGAGAUGAGUUGUCAUCUGGAGUACCAACAAGAGUUACAAUAUCUUCGUAUACUAGAAAUACAAAUGAAUUUAGACAGCCAACAUCAUUUCAUUUAAUGGACGAUAUCAAAUUAACAUAUAAUGAUCCAUUCUUUACUUCCUUAAUGACAAAACAUUUUCAGACCCUUCAAUAUUGGACAGGAUUUAAUCAUAUUCAAAUCAUUUAUGAUUCUAAUAAAAAUAAAUUCACUCGUCAUUCUGUCCAAAAACGAUUAUAUGAAAAGAAAAAUAUUAUGGGGGUUAUUAUCACUGAAGAUGAAGCAGUAUUUGGCUCAUUUCAUCAUAGCACCUUCCCUAAAAAACCAAAGAAAGCCUUUGUUACAGUAAAAGAUCCUGAUAUGUUUGUGUUUUCCUUAGAAAAUAGAAAUAGACUUGCAGGACCAACAAGGUGGUUAAUUAAACAAGACUCCCCAGGUGUUGAUUGGUCAAUUUCAUUCUAUUCUGACAAAGAAAAAGAUCCUUCAUUUUAUAAUGUUUAUCAGUGUUUUACGUUACGUCCACCUUUAAACCAACACAACUCAUCACUAAAUUCUGAAUUUAAGUUUGAAUAUGAAAACGCUAUUGAUAUCAGUGCGUUUACUGGAAAUAAAGAAAACUUUGCAGUAAAACGACUAUUUUUCCUUCAAUGGUAUCAAUAA